AAUAGCAUAACCUGUACUAUUUACAGUCAGGCCUCCGUGAAAUGUGAACUGAUUGGACGUCACUGCAAGUCCUAACACAAAAACUAGAUAAUACAGCUCACUUCUACCAGACAUCGUACUCUCCAGACAGGUGAUCGCACUCCCCACAAAAGUGACUUUACAUUGAGGCGACAUUUCUACACACAUUGUACAAGUUACAAGGUUUUACGUGAAAAUCACGGGACCUCUGGCGGGUGGAGGGAUGGCGAAGCCAAUGGCUAACCUUUGGUUCCUCUUCUUUCUUCACCUGACUAUAGUAUCAAGGUCCACAAGCCAGAUGUGCGACACAGUAAUAUCAUCACGCUAUAAUGGGACCAUCGAGUCGCCAGGAUUUCCAAAUGAAUACUACGGGGACCAGAACUGUUCGUACACCUUCUAUUCCUGGAGUCCUUAUAGCACCUGGCAAAUCAAUUUCACCUACUUUCACCUGCCGAACACAUCAUGUGACAGUGAUUACAUCCAGGUGUACAACAAUUCACAGUACCAAAGGUAUUGCUACAACUCGACACCUCCUCCUGACCUGAGAGACAUCUACACACUUCGGUUUGUCUCCAGCGUAAACGCGUCCGCAGGCUUUGGGUUCCAGGCUCGUGUGAGCGAAAUACUAAAAUGUGGAAGUACAGACAUACGUCUGCAAGAGAAUAGUCCAUUUCAAAUGAAGUAUUAUCACUCCGAGCCAGUGGAUGGAAGAUGUGAAUGGACAUUAACUGCAGACCAGGGACUGUCCAUCGUGAUGAUAGGUUACACCGACUCCAAUACCUACCAAUACAUAAAUCCAAAAUUUAAAAUGUACAGAGGAACAACAAAAGAUAACAGUUCUUUGAUCACAGUUAAAUACAGAUACGGCGAUAUUGCUAUCGACGAGGCAUCUAACAUCAUACUCAUCGAGUACAUCUCCAAGGGAACUUCUUAUUUUUAUGUGUCAGCGACUUUCAUGGCUUACAACCACACACAGAACUCCACGUGUGGUUCAGCGACAUAUAACACUUAUGAGGAAGGCUACAUCAAUCUCUACUCAAAUGAAUUUUCAAGCAACAAAGAAUACCACAGGAACGGAAUCUGCGCCUGGACUAUUGAAGCUCAAGAGGGCGAAGUCAUUCAGCUCGUCGUUACACGAUUUUACAUCCAACGUGAAACACCCGGAUGUAACGACUCUUCACGCAGUUAUCUAGGAAUUUAUGAUGGAUCACAAACGGAAGACAGUUUACUUGUCCGAGCCUGCAGUUUUGAUCCGCUGGUCACUGUAACAUCUAAGACCCGGCGCCUUGUGGUUGUGCUGACCAUCGACGAGGAAUUUGGCUUCACUCAGGCUUCUUUUACAGCUCAUUACAAGUCUGUUAAUAGCUCUGCCAUUCGCAGGGAUUGUGGCGGGGACAUUUCUGGUGACGAGGGUGUUGUGUCGUCUCCAAACUACCCGGCCAACUACGACAACCUGCGAGUGUGCGAGUGGAGGAUCACAGUGGAGGAUUCGUUCAACAUUAGGAUUGAUAUACAUGACCUUGACAUCAGGCCCUUGAAUUACGGGUUUGGCUGUGCUGGAGAUUCUUUAGGGUUCCCAGGUGCAUAUAGUGUUGGCUACACAGGAUCGUACUACCGAGAAUGUGGAACAUAUAAUGGCUACUACGGUAGACCUCCGAUAUAUUCUACAAACAACAGUUUGACGAUGAGGUUUGUCUCUGACUGGGAGAAUACUGGACGAGGGUUCAAUGUGUCGUGGAGAAAAGCAUGUAACAUGAUACUGCAGACUUCAAACGGUUGGAUUCAGUCGCCAAGGUUUCCUACCGGGUACCCGAACAAUUUGAACUGUUCGUAUGUCAUACAAGCACCUAAUAACCGGCCUGGCUACUUCACUACCUUCACUUUCAACAGCUUUGACCUACAAGAGCCUGAUUCCACAGGAUCCUGCAUAUACGAUUAUCUGGAAGUGAAACAAGUAGCACAAGAUCCAUUCUACAAAGCCGAAGACAUCAUACCUCCUGACGCCAGAGAGUUCUGUGGAAAAGGACCAACGCAAAGCUUGACCACCUACUUUCCAACCACCCUACAUUUUGUCACGGACGGCAGUAUAACAAAGGGUGGUUUCAAUAUCUCCUUUAUACAGACAAUGGCUGGGUGCGGCGCAAGCUUGUAUAUGGGAGAGAAAGGUUUUGUCACUAGUCCUAACUACCCAGGGACAUUUCCUCGACUUAUUAACUGUACGACUACCAUACGAGUAGAACCUGGACACAGCAUCACUUUAAGCUUUCAGUCAUUUGUCUUGGGAUACUAUCCGGAAAACGUAACUGGAAGUAAGUGUUGGUGGGGGUCUGGAGGUGUCUUGGAAGUCUACGAUAGAAUUUCAUCACGAUCAGUUUUGAUUGGAAAAUACUGUGGGAAAAUAUCGCCGCUGCCUAUCACGUCGACCAGCAAUGAGCUGACCCUCGUCUUCACAUCCAACAUUAGCCAUUAUGCUACUGGGUUCAACGCAACAUACGUAUCGACUUUAGCAUUGACUGAGUGCCCGGAUAAUACUUACGGCACGAACUGUACUAAUGAAUGCACGUGCAACAGACAGAACACUCAGUCGUGUAACAAGACUACUGGCGUCUGCACGUGCAAGGGAGGCUGGACUGGCAGCACGUGCGACACGGAUGUGGACGAAUGCACGGCAGGCUCUGUGACGUGUCCGGGAAACUCAGUCUGUAUCAAUCUACCUGGAACCUACCUGUGCUCUUGUUAUUCUGGUUUCUUCAAAUCAAACCAGACAUGCUUGGAAUGUGCUGAAGGCUUUUACGGGGCCAGCUGCACCAGUGCAUGCAGCUGCAGCGUCAACACCGUCUCCUGCAACAAGACUACGGGCUCCUGCACGUGCAAAGCUGGUUGGACCGGCACGCGCUGUGACACUGACGUCAAUGAGUGCGCCCUCGGCGUCAACAGCUGUACAGGCAGUCACGUGGUCUGUGUCAACGUGGACGGCGGCUACCGAUGCGACUGUUCAAGUGGAUACACCUACAACACGUCAGCUUCCACAUGUUCUGAUACCGACGAGUGCUCCAACAACUUGGACGACUGCCUUCAGGUGUGUACAAACACUGAUGGAAGUUAUACCUGCAGCUGUGCGUCUGAUUACUGGGGAACUGGCAAUGAUUGUACAGAGCUGACUAAAGUCCCUGCCACACUGGUGGUGGACAUUCCCAUACCAGCCAGCGAGCUCGCCAAUCCUUACAGCGUGAAGUAUGAAGGGUGGAAGCAGAUGACUGCAGGCGCGGUGUUUAAACGUUUGACAAGCCUCGUGCCAGGCCUCAAGGAAGUACACAUUCUACGCCUUAGUGCCGGGAGUCUCAUUGUUGAGUGUCAGUUUGUGCUUGACGACCACACCUACCUAACGGCGGUGUCAGACUUGAUCUCGAGUCUGGCAGACCUGGCUUUCACCAGUAUAACCAUUGGCAAUUACUCGGGGAAUGUUGUCAUCACCGUGAAAGGAACUUCUGCAUCAUCGUCCUCCUUGUGUACGGUGUACGACCUGGUCAGCCAGUGUCCCAGUGGAGAGCAGUGUCAGGUGGAGGACAGCAAGCCGGUAUGCAAACCAAGUCCAAAGGAUGACGUGGCGCUCAUUGUGGGGCUGACUGUGGGGCUCACACUUGCAUUCCUGCUGAUUGUGGCUGUAGUCAUCAUAUACAUCAAGAAGAAGAAAACUAGGAAAGGGACGACUAGACAUAACCCAAAAGUAUACAACAAAAUCUCCAUUCUCCACUUCAAGUGAAGAGGUCCAAGUCAACCAGUAGAAGACAUCGAGGAAUCCAUGAACUCCUUCAAAUAAGCCAGCAUCGUAAUAAUAAAAACACAAACACAAGUUUACUGUGACACAGAAAACCACCGAUGUGUCUCGUUACUGCACUGAUUGUUUUAGGACGAACUGUACACUGGAAUAUGAAGAGGAACCAGAAGGUUGCAUGGCACCGUGUGACAGACACAAACAGAAAGCAAAGUGAAAGAAGGAGACUCUAGUGUGACCUCAGUUGUUAUUAACGUUGUUUGUGAAGGUUAGGUAAAAAAAUAUACAUUAUUUUAUUUCUUCACAAGGACUGAGUGACAUGUUUAAGUUUAGAACAUUCAUAAUAAUCUCCCAGUUCAGACUGAACUAUUUUGCAACGUAUGAAGAUUAGAGCGAUAUUGUAAUAAACACCCGAGUGUAGUUCAGUUAAUAGCCUUUUCUACUAAAAAGCAUGUACUUAAAGAAAUAUGAAUAUAAUUUGUGAUAGCUUCGAUAAAAGAGGUAGUUUAUUGCGAUGCGGUACAGAAUUUAUUAAUAUCUUAGCCAUUAUUAGUAUCAUUGUUAUGCUUUCCUUUUUCACGUAACAGCUUUUUAUUUACUUGUAUUUACUUAUAAUUAUCUGUUAUCUGUGUGCGUUUAUUCAACUUUUGUAGGGUGAACUGUUUCAGUUUCAAUUUCAAAUAUUGUCACAUUUUUCUCCCAGAUGCAUUAGAAAUCAGUGGUAACUAAACAACAUUUACGGUAUUAAAUAUAAUUUAAUCAUACACUAAAACUGAUUUGUAUUAUAUGUUGAUAUAACGUUUCUUAUUCUUAUUUUUAUUUUUUCAGACGAGUGUGAAAUUGUGUUACGUCCUUCCUCCAUAGGCAUUCUCAGCCAUGUUUUCGUUUUUUUCUCAGCCAUGUUUUAUGCACUCAUAACGAAUGUUCUCCCGUCGUGUGUUUUAAAACCUAAGGCUAUCAAAUUUUGUGUAUUCUGAAACAGAUUAUGAGGCUAGUUGCACGACUUGUUUCUAAACAACGGCUUGCGGAUUAGUUUACUAGAAACCCCAUUCUUCCUGGCUAAAGCCUUCACCAAAUUAACAUAUCCAUGAUCUUUCCUGACGACUGUGUUGUUGACAACUGUGCUUAGAGAUGUUUACAUGCUUGCUCAUCGGAAAGGUAAGGAGCUAUUCACCAAGAUGUGGUAACCUUUACCCAGCCCGUAAAAGGGAGCUUUACACCCCACUUUGUCAUUUAAAGCAGCUUGUGUGUGUGAAGAUAAAAAUAAAGCCCUACAAUGUAAGUUCAGAGAAAGUAAAAGUCUUUCAAUUUCGCAAUCACACGCGCCGACUGUUAAAGGUGAGUCUCAUCACGUGACUCGUAGCUUGACUUUGUGGUUAUUGAGGGUUUGAUCAUGACAUAUUGCUUGGCUUCUAUUAGUUUUGUCCACUCUGACCCAUUCCCCUCGCUUUUGGGUCGUAGAGGCUGAGUGAGUUGCUUGAUACAAGAAACCAAACCCUCUUGAAAAUCAGUUUACACAGGUGUGCUUCUCGGCCCUCUAAACAUGAUGUAUCAUAAUGGAAGGCGCAGGAGCGUCCAAGCUCAACCUCAACUGUAAUCUAACGGAUGCUUUUAAUGACAGUGUACGAGAUACAAAAGAAGACAAAAGGUUCAGAAAACUGGUGAAGAUAAAUGCCAAAUAAAAAAAAAAUAUAUAAAAAAAAACAAAUAAUGUUUCAAAUGUUGUCAGAUAAUAAAGCGUGAGAAGAGAUAACGACAUUGUUGUUCAGUCGUUGUAGAACUGAAAAAAAGCCGUAGACUUGCACGAGCGUGUGUAUUAGGCUCGGAUGUAGCAAACAGCUGUGACUUGUCCCCGUUGUUGGGCAUUCUGAGCUGCUGAUGGUUGUGUCUGUCUUGUGAAGGAUUCAUAAAAUAUAGGUUUAUUUUACCGGGUUAUAUACCUUGCCUUCGGGAAUCUUGCUGUCUCUCUACUUCUCUCAAACAUAUAAGGCAAUUUCUAGUGUCCCUG